AUGACGGUGUGCACCUCCGGUAGCGCGGUGGCGCGCACCACCGGCACGUCGACCGCCGGCAGCAUCACCACCACCGCCAGCGCGGUCCAGCAGACGAACAACAAGCGGUGCCUGGCGUUCUCCGUCGAGAACAUCCUCGACCCGAACAAGUUCACCGGCGGCCGCGUCCUGCACAGCCGCGUGCAGCAUCGUCGACACCGGCGCGCCGGCAGCGUGCAGGAAGACGGUGACUCGCGGGGCGAGUUCGCCUGCGGCAGCGGCCAAGAGGAUGAGGAAGGUACACCGGACACCGUCAUGGAGGAGAUGGAGGAGGACCCCGAGGAGGAGGAGGAGGACGAGGAGAUCGAGAUGCGAGUGGUGGAUCAGGACUCGACCGGCCGGGAGAGCGCGAACGGCGGCGGCGCCGGCGGCAACGGCACCACGAGCAAGAAACGGCAAUCCUCGUCGUCCUCCACGUCGUCGAGCGGCGUCCAGGUGGCCAGCUGUCAAGGUCAAAGUCAAAACGGGCAGAACGGCACGAGCGGCGGGGGUGGCAGCGGUGGCGGCGGCAACGGCAGCGGCAAGCCCAGGAGGGCGCGCACCGCGUUCACGUACGAGCAGCUGGUCAGCCUGGAGAACAAGUUCAAAACCACGAGAUACCUGUCGGUGUGCGAGCGGCUGAACCUGGCGAUCGAGCUGCGGCUCACCGAGACCCAGGUGAAGAUCUGGUUCCAGAACCGGCGCACCAAGUGGAAGAAGCAGAACCCGGGGCUGGAUGUGAACAGCCCGACGGUGCCGACGACGCCGCCGCACCCGUCGCCGUACGCGCCCGCCUUCCUCUUCGCCGCCCACCCGCACCAGCAUGCGCUGCCGCACUCGCACGCGCACCCGCACCCCCACGCCCACGUGCACCACCCGCCGCCGGUACCGCCGCCGCCGCCGCCCGGGUACUACCAUCCGGCGGCGCCACCUUACCCGCCGACCGGGCCGACCUUCUUCGGCCAUCAUCUGUCGGCGAGCCCGGCGACCGCGUCGGCGGGCCCGCCGCCGACCUCGACGCCUUCCUCCACCGGCCUCGCCGGUCUCUCGUCGCACCUGCACCCGCACACGCACCCGCACGCGUAGCGAUCUCGGCGAUGAUGCGUCUGCAGCGUCGUCAGCGUCUUCGCCUUCGUAGUCUUCGGCAAGGAAACGGUGAGCUCGUGCGAGCACUUCCGGCCGUGGGAAGAAAAGUAUCGGGGGGAGGGGAAGGGUGCGUUCGUCCUGCGGACUUUUUCGUCUCUCCCGACGCGAAUCGUCGGAAGGAAGUCCGCGUCGGAAACGAGACGAAUCGACCGUUCCGACGCGGUAAACAUCGCGCGUGAAAACGAUCCGAUCGUCUCUCUCGUUCUUUCUCUCUGAAUGUUUCUUCGUACGGCGAUAACAUUUGUAAUUGAUGACGUGCGUUAUUAACUAAUUAAUUGGAAUUCGCGAACUUGAGUUGUUUUCAAGCUGCGGGUAACACGAUAUCUUGACGCUGUUGUAACAAUCUGCUAUAAUUUCUUCUCAAAGUUCAACGAUAGCGACAAACGGAGAGAGAGAGAGAGAGAGAGAGAGGGAAAGAAAAAGAGAGAGAACCCGAGUCGAAAUUUUUAUCCUACUUUUGACUUGAAAAUUCCAUUUGACGCUUGCUUUGAUACUCUAAAGCCUGUAUGAGCCUCGUCUGAUUCUAUUUAACUUUUCCAGCUGAAAUUGUAGCUCUAUUUCCGACCUCAACAUUCCAUGUAAAGCCAAGUUAGACACUUUAAAGUCUAUAGCGACCUCUUUUGAUUUCUAUUUAACCUGCAGCUUCUAUUUAAAGUCUGUAAAUUCUACUUGGAUCGUUCGUUGCUCCUACUGUGAUAUUUCUCAAUUCUUCUCCAUUUUUUUGUAAUAUAAGUAAACCAAAUAUAAGUAAAUCAAAACUCUUCUUUUUCAAACUAUUUCUGA